AUGCCCGACAUUGCCGGUACCACCGUGGACAUCCCACCUCCACAUCCCCACGUCGGCCAUCGGAGUCGAUUUCCCCUCAAACGUAAACGAGGCGAAUGCGAGUCAUUCCUUGAGAAAGGUUACCGCCAAACGGACGAUUGCCGCACUGGAUUUCGGCAUUACAACUGGGAUAAAUUCGACAUCCCAGACCAUCUGGAUGAAGGCGGCGAAGACAACAUUGGAAACCCCGAGUUCAAAGACUGCAUUUGCGUGUUCGCGCUCAUGACUGGCAAAAGCAAAACAUGUACCGGAGAAACUGCGGACAAGAAGGUUAAAUACCAUUACGCCGUUGCCGAGAUCCCUUUCAGUUCCCUCCGAAAUGGACAGCUGCGCGUGUGUCCCAGAGCAUGGAAAUGCAAGAAUACCACCGGCGACCUCUAUGCUUGUCACGAAAUUUUCCGCGAGUGGCCAAGCCGCGAUUAUAUCGAUUUUGUCCUCAGAGAAACCAAGAAGUAUCCUCCGAACGAGAAGUGCCUCGUCUGCUGGACAAAGGAUAACCCUGGCUCUGGCCUAGAAGUGCCCAAAAGCAGUAACCUCAUUCCCUCAGGAAAAAUUUGGGACACUGUUCCCUAUUUCCGAUCUAUGGUGGAGAGGGCGAUGAAGCCGAGGGCGCCUACUACCCCCGAUGGUCCUUGGGAGGAACCGGAUCGUGACCAGAACGGCAUAUUUUUCUGGUCUGAUAGGCGUCCGGAUGAGCAACCGGACUGGUUCAAGAAUCAAUUGAAGCGCGAUCCGGAGUUUCUUGUCAUAGAAGACGUUAGGCACAUUCGCCGCCGGCUCGAGAUCUUACAGAGAGUUCCGGGAGAUCCGGACCUUGUUGGUACAUGGUACAGGGGCAAUUGA